UUAUUUUGUUCCGGUGUUGUUGGCUAAAAAUAUACAACAUGGUUGUCAGUUUCUCUAGUCUAUGUGAUGGUGUAACUUUUUUACUUGGUGAUAUUUGAUUCAACGGCUACAGGAAGAUGGGAAAGACCUGCAAGGUUGUUGUAUGUGGGAGUGCCUGCGUCGGUAAGACAGCAAUGCUUGAGCAGGCAAUAUUCGGGAAUCAUAUCAUCGGGAACUCAAACUGCUUUCAAACCAUUGAAGACAUCUACGUAGCAACAGUCGAAUCUAAUCGAGGAGUGAAGGAAAGAAUACGAUUUUACGAUACAAAAGGACUGCAUCCUAAGACCAACCCGGAACUUCCAAAGCAUUACUUCGCCAUCGCAGAUGGUUUUAUUUUAAUGUACAGCAUCACGAGUCCAGAGUCGUUUCGCCAGGUUCAGCUUCUCAAGAAAGAAGUGGACAAGAUCUCCAAGGAGAAGGAUAAGCGAGAGGUUUCACUGAUUGUUGUGGGCAACAAGGUGGAUCUGUACAAGGAGAGACAAGUGGAGUAUGACAUGGUGUGUGCCUGGGCACAGAAAGAAAAAGUCCCACUUUAUGAGGUGACGGUAGCUAAUCGCAAGGUGUUAAUGGAGCCUAUAGUCGCCCUUACAUCCAAGCUGACUCUACCAGUUGUGAAAUCCACUUUCCCAUUAUCACGAAUCAAGCCUCGACAGGUGACAAGCUCAUCUUCUCAGGAUGUUUGACAAAUUCAAGAUGGUCAGUAAACGGCAGUCUGGUGGAGUGAGUGAUCAUGUGCAAUAACAUUAUUACCUACAAAAUCAUGUAGUCAUUGUAGAGGCUUUUAACUCUUUCAUGCGCCAAAACCAAAUUUCAAAAUGGCCACAGUUUUCAGAAUAGGAGAGAGAACUCUUGAAGGCGUUAUUGUGACUUUUAAAAAAUUUUAUUUAAAUUUUGUCCCUUUUUUUAGGGGGGGGGCGUUGUUGCCAUUUGUAAAAAACAAUGUGUCCACAUGAUCAAUUUUUCACGAAAGUUAAUGGUGCAUGAAAGGGUUUAAUCAUAAUCAUUGUUUAUGUUUCAUAAAAAAUUCAUGUAAAAUAUGCUUCAUGAGAUUAGGGCAAACAUCCCCAUCUUAGUUCACAUCUUUUUUAUUGCUUUAAAUAAAAAGCUGGCGAUCAUUUUGAACUGAACUUUGUGGCCAUUUUCAUUUUGAAUGCUUGGCCGCUAUCUUGGAAAAAAACUCAAUAAACAUUAGGCCCCCGUCCUUCUCUUUUGAAAGAAAAUGGACGAUCAACUGGUGUUUUGUUUUAUCUUUAUCCUAUGCAUUCAUGUUCAAGCUGAGGAUAGGUAUCAUAAAGUAAUUUGUUCGCUACAUCUUGAAAAGAAAACUUGUCUUUCUUUUGACUAUAUUUAUCAGAAUUGUUUUCUACCGUGUGCCGGUGGUUCAUUAGAAUCCAAAUUUCUAACUCGAUUGUGUCAGGGCUAAAAGUUUGGGGAAAAAUGAAUCCGAACCCUGCGUGGAAAUUUUUUAGCCCUGUAUGUGAUAGCAUAGUUGCUACAAGAUUCUUGAUGGGAGCAGUUUUAGGGUGAACCUUGAUUUUCAGGAAAAAUUCAAACUAAAAAGAUAAUUUCAGGUAUUUUGAAGUAAGUUUAAAACUAAAAUUUUGUAAGUAGUCUCUGUUCCUGCUCCAUCAUUGGUUGGAAUAGUUCAAAAGAUGCUCAUUUCAGAUGAUCAAAAACACUUUAGUAAGAUUGAACAUGUGUGACUUUGAACUCGUGUUAAUAACGAAACUUCAGUUAUUUUUGCUGAAAUUAGCCAAGAAAAAGGCAAACCUAUACAUUUUGUAGAUGUUUAUUAGAUUAAUACAUUCAAAAUGUAUUUUAUUUGAAGUAGAAAUUUGACAUGAAAUCUCAAUCGUGUCCCACGUUUUGUGGAAAGGUUUAGCUUUCAUAUGAUGCAUCUGAACCAUAUUUCACAAAUCAAUUUGUGCUCCAAGAAUUUUUAAAGGGUUGUAAGGAUUUUUGUUUCGUUUUGUAGAUGCUUUUGUUAAGUAGAUAUUUUUGUUCUGCAUGUGUGCUUGAGUUAAGUUGUGUAAACGUUUAUUUUGUAUUAGUUAUUUUGUCUACAGUGCUCGACAUAAACAUCAUAAAAUAAAAGCUACAAGUGCAAUAAGCAUUGGCGAUACUUUUUUUUUCAAGGCAUAAUUGUAAAAAUGUAUUUAUUCUUCGGUACAAAUUGUAGUUUUGUUUAAUAAUCCUUUGCAGUUCUUUUUAAGUAGUACAUAUUCACAUAUAUUAUACUUCAUCCUCUACAUUGGCAUAUUGGCAUAUUAGAAAAAUGAUUUUAUCCCAAUAAAUGUGAGUGUUGCAUGAUCCAAAUACGUGAGUUAAGGCUUUAAAUAGAAGCGUUUAUCAAUCGAUCAAGUAAAGACACAAGAUAUAGGCCUAUAGUUUCUUUUCUGCAGGCAGAAAGUUUGAAUAUAAUGGACACAAAUUCCUGAAACUGCUGUUUUGGGCCAUGCAAUCACCGAAGCCACCUUCUUUAAAACAAUAAUAGCAAACCACAAAAAAAAUUGUAAUAAAAAUGCAAAUUCAUAAACCACAGAUAAAAAGGUAGUGCCAUUAGCUUUUCUAAAUCUCACCCAAAUUGCAUUAACUGCUCGCCUCAUAAUAUAUCUUGAGGUAGAAUCUUGUAUGGAAAUUCUACAUGAAAGGUAAAAGGGUUCAUUGAAAUGGUGUCUACAAUUCUAAGGGUUCAAUGCUCUUAAAAAACAGUUCUGCGACUCCUAUAAAGCCCUUUUGUUCUGCUAACAAAAGAAGAUGCAAUUUUGAUUCUGUUUACGAUACUUAAGUGAAAGCUGUUACCAUUGUUAAAGUUCAUGCCUAUAAUUAUCAAGCAAGCAGCUUUUACUUGUCAGAGUAGAAAUAUAGAACAAAAUUUAAAUAAUAUCAUCUCAGAAUCAUUAUUUUGUUUUACAUGAUAAUGUAGUUGUUUUGUUGCUUCUUUUCUUAGCAGUCUUCCAUGCCCCUUGAACAACUUUGAAAUGGUUUGUUUGACAUUUUUAUCACUUAGGCAGACAUGCCUUGUAGUAAACUAGUUCCCUGCUUUUCACUUUGCAAAUUCACACAGUAUUUACCGACAUAGAAAGCAGAUACAAUUUGGUGCAAGUUGAUAAGAGGCCUUUUAGAAACCACUAACUUGGCUCGAGCUUCGUCCAACAAUGUGAGGCACUUGAAAACCACAAACAUUUCAGAAUUCUGUACAGGAGCCCAAGCCACACUCUAAGCCAGAACCUUGAUUUCGCAAAGGCCCAUCCAGAGUACAAUGCACAUCAUACCAAGAUGCAUACAUUAUCCUAGUCUCGGUGCAAGAUGUUUCUCAUUUCCCUUUCACGCUGUGCGAGAAAGGAAAAUGAGAAACGUCUUUUUGCACCAAGACAAACAUCAUCCAAGAAAUAUAACCUUCUCGAUACUACAAAGAAUAAGGCACUCAUCAAAAGGGCCCAAAUUUCAUGCGUAGUUAAGACGAGUGCUUAAAUUUAUUUGGCAAGCAAAAUUAGCAGGGAACCAGAAAACAAAAUACCUGACAUCACAUGGCAUUUUAGCUGGUAACCUUUCAUGCCAAGUAGAAUUUAUCAUAGAAACCAUAUUAAGCAUUUUCAGUGCAUUUUUCCCCAUGACUUUCUUUUUUACGUUAUCAAACAAAAUUAAACUAUCCACUGAAAUCACUAAAAAAUAAUUUAAAUAAAACUCCUUCAAAACUCUUGAUUUCUCUCUUAUUUUCAUUAAUUUAUCAGCAUCACCUCAUUGUAAAAAAACUCAAAUAAUUUAAAAUAAAAUUACUAAAGUUAAAAAAACCAAAUACAGCAUUUUUCCAUCUUGUUAUUAUAAGAAUGAUCGACAUAAAGUAUCCUUUGCCAAUAUCAGCCAAUCUCUCAAACGAAAUGAUAACAGUAAUUAUUUUAUAGGUUCAAAUGCAGCAGUGGUUUUUGAGGGAAUAAAUUAUUAUCUGUCAUCAAUUUCACAAAGCCUUAUCUUAAGAUGAGUAAGUGAUCUCUAUAGAGCCUAAGCUUUUUGCUCACAAUUAAGAUUGAUAUAGACCUUUAAAGAUCAAUCUUAGCCCUUUGUGAAACCCUGGUUUGCUUCUCACAAACCAGAUUCCAUCUUGUGUGCCCUUCUCAUGAAUAAUUCAGUGCAUAAAGUCCUAAGCUUUAACCUUCUUUUGAACAAGCUUCAUAAUGAAUGAACUCUAGUUGUGCCACAAUGUCAAGGUUUGUUUCUAAUUUGGAGCUAAAAAAAGUUCAAAUUCAAUACACGAAAAUUGUUCAUUGAAAAUCCUACGUGAAAGCUUGUCUAUACCGGCUACUCCUAAACUAUCAACCAUCAAUUCAGGCCUUGCUGUAUUUCUUGUUGUUUGUUUUUGUUUACAUAAAUCUAUAAAAUCAAAUUAUGUAUUUGAUUAUUUUACUCCAGACUGAUAUUAAAUAACAAUAACUUAGAAUA